AACUACUAAUCUAAACUGACACCUCUUAGGAAAAAAAUCAUAGAUAAAGCAAGCUACUAACCAUGUCUUCCUCAAAGACUCUUUUAGUGCUGGAAAACUUUAUAGCUGGCAGAUUUGUUCCCUGUUCGUCCUACAUAGACUCCUAUAAUCCGUCAACAGGAGAUGUCUACUGCAGGGUGCCAGACAGUGGCAAAGAAGAGGUGGAAGCUGCUGUCAGAGCUGCCAAAGAUGCCUUCCCAAUUUGGUCCUCAAAAAGUCCAUGGGAAAGAUCUCAGAUCCUGAACAAACUGGCAGACCUGAUUGAACAGGAUCUAGAAGCAUUUGCACAAGCCGAGUCAAAGGAUCAGGGCAAAACUAUAGCAUUUGCUAGGACAGUGGACAUCCCGCGGGCAGUGUACAACCUCCGCUUCUUCGCCUCUUCCGUCCUUCACCGCACGGCGGAGUGCGCCGCGGCGGCAGCCGGGGGCUGCCUGCACUACACCUCGAGGACACCCGUCGGGGUCGCUGGUUUAAUCAGUCCUUGGAAUUUGCCACUAUACUUGUUGACAUGGAAAAUAGCUCCUGCCAUUGCAUGUGGAAAUACUGUGGUUGCCAAGCCAAGUGAGAUGACAUCCGUCACAGCUUGGAUGAUGUGUAAGCUCUUUGAAAAAGCAGGAAUGCCACAUGGGGUGGUGAACGUGGUGUUUGGAACGGGCUCCAAGGCAGGAGAAGCCAUCGUGUGCCAUCCCGACGUGCCGCUGAUCUCCUUCACCGGGAGCACGCUCACGGCCCAGCGUAUCACAGAGAAAAGUGCUCCUCAUUGCAAAAAGCUUUCGCUGGAGCUGGGAGGUAAAAAUCCUGCCCUCAUCUUUGAUGACGCUGACUUGAGCCAAUGUGUCCCUGCCACGGUGCGGUCCAGCUUUGCCAACCAGGGUGAGAUCUGUCUCUGCACCUCCAGGAUCUUUGUUCAGAAGGGCAUAUAUAAUGAGUUUUUGAAGAGGUUUGUAGCAGAGACUAAGAAGUGGAAGGUUGGAAACCCUUCAGAUCCUACUGUCAACGUGGGAGCACUCAUAAGUAAAGAGCAUCUCGAAAAGGUAAGGAAUUAUGUGAAGAAAGCUCAGGCUGAAGGAGCCAAGAUCCUCUGUGGAGAGGGAGUGGAUUCCUUAACUCUCUCAGCUGGCAACCAGAAAGGAUAUUUCAUGCUGCCCACAGUUAUUACAGAAAUCAAGGAUGAAUCUUGUUGCAUGCAAGAAGAGAUCUUUGGUCCUGUAACAUGUGUGGUAGCGUUUGAUACAGAAGAGGAAGCGAUUGAAAGAGCCAAUGGUGUCAAAUAUGGCUUGGCAGCCACUGUGUGGUCCAGCAAUGUGAGCCGCGUUCACCGGGUGGCACAAAGACUCCAGUCUGGGUUGGUGUGGACCAACUGCUGGCUUGUUAGAGACCUGAAUUUGCCAUUUGGUGGGAUGAAGGCCUCGGGUGUAGGAAGGGAGGGAGCAAAAGAUUCCUAUGAAUUCUUCACUGAGGUCAAAACCAUCACAAUAAAGCACUGACACAUGUCAAUGGAA